AUCGAGAGGCUUGAGGAGCUAGGACUCAGUCAGCAAAGUGCAGAGGGAGGACUUCUGGUUUGCUCCCGGCUGACUCAACGGGAAGUGGUGUGAGGCGAUAUGGUGUAUAUGGACAAAACUCACGCUGAUAAGGAACGGUUCAUUUGCAUAUAUCCAGCAUACAUAAACAGUAAAAAGACUAUAGCAGAAGGAAGAAGGAUACCAAUCGAAAAGGCUGUUGAAAACCCAACUUUUGGAGAAAUUCGAGAUGUUUGUGCAGCAGCUGGACUGAUUGUGGCUGUAGAGAAUAAACUGUACCCACGUGAGUGGAACAGAGAUGUACAGUUCAGAGGUAGAAUACGAGUUCAACUGAAAAAUGCAGAUGGAUCCUUUUGUUUGGAACAGUUUCCCACACGAAAAUCAAUAAUGUUAUAUGUGGCAGAAAUGAUUCCAAAACUGAAGACUAGGACCCAGAAGGCUGGAGGAGGAGAUCAGAACGCACAACCAGGGGAAGGUGGAAAGAAGAGCAAGAAGAAGAAGAAGAAGUAAUUCUGCUAAUGUCACUAGCAUUAAGUAUUUAUUUUGAAAACAUUCUUGUAUCAUAAACAAAUUUAAGCAUUGUGUCAUUUGACCUGGACUGUCUGACAAAACUGCCACCAUAUCUUUCUUUAUAUUUUAAUAUUCUAUCAGCAGGAGCAAAUAUUUUAAAAUAUUACACUUACUUAGAUUAAGUUGGAAAUGUUUUCAAAAAAUGUGCCCUAUUAUCAACCUUUCACUGCCUGGUUCUUAAGUUGAUGUCCAUUAAUAAAACAAAUAUAACAAUAGAUCCUGUGACAGCUGUGAGUUAUGUAAGGUGCAAAUCAAGUCCCAUCGUAUGACUUUAAAGUGCAAAGCCGCUUUGUAAAAAUAUUUUAGUGUUAUUCAUGUUUUCUAGCUCACCAGAAUGGAACUUUAACUAUUAAAGCAGGAACUGAAUGUCUUUGACAAAGCACUUUUUGGGAGUAAAUGAAUAUUGGAAAAACACUAAAACAAGAAUCUGUCCUGUUUGGCUGCCCUGGAUACAUGAACUCUAUCAUGACCCUCACUAUAUCUCCACACAAAUGAAUAGCUGUAAAGCAUGUUAAAGCUGCCAAAAGUCGUUUUCUUCACUUUAACAAAAAUUGGUGUAUUUGUCAAAUUGAUUGUAAUAAAAUAAGUUGUUCUGUU